UUUAUAUCACUAAUAAAGACAACAUCUCUGCCGGGGACAACAGUAGGAAUCGGCGGAUAAUGGAAGGCAAGGGACGGAUAACUGUUGAGACGAGUUCUUCGAUAUUCUCGUUCCUGAAUGCCGUCGGAGUUCAGACAGCUUUUGUCGGCAGAGACAACAACACCGACAACUCAUUUGUGGCCAAACACUGCGAAAUGAUUCCCAUUGAACUGGUCAUCAGGCGUAUCGCUACGGGAACUUUCCUGAACCUGAACCCAGACAUCAGUGAAGGCUUUCGGUUCAUAUCACCGGUCGUUGAGAUUCACAUCAAAGACGAUACAAAUCACGACCCGUUGUGGUCCAUAGAGACACUCAUUGAACAGAAAUUUGUGAUCAAUGGUCUGUUAGUGGACCAGAAAGUGGUGGACAAGAUAUUAAAGUUAUCAAAAUUGGUUUAUGAGAUACUGGAGAGAGUGUGGCAUUCAAUCGACUAUCAA